UUAAGUUCAGAUGCAGAAGAUGAUGACGAGGAUGAUGAUGGUGAAAAAACGACCAAGAAAAAAAACACAAAGGAGAGUUCCCUCUCUGUUGCCAAGGAUAAGAAGUCAAAGGCCAAAGACACUAAAAGUGAGUCAGACACCAAAGAAAAGACUUCCAAGUCCAAAAAGCAGCCUGUUUCCAUGUUUCAGAUAAAUGGAGACAAACCACAGUUUGUCACAAAAAAGAAAGCUUCCAAGUCGGAGGACGAUGAUGAAAGUGAAUCGGAGAGUAAACCUAGUAAAACCAAAAAGAAGGCCCCUGCAAGUUCUGCCUCAAUGUUUCAAACCGGAGGAGACAAACACAAGAGCAAAGAGAAAGAGAAAGGAAAAGACAAAGGAAAAGACAAAGGCAAGGACAAAGACAAGGAAAAAGAUAAAGAAAAAGAUAAAAAGGGGAAGAAGAAGGCAAAAGCUGAUGAUAGUGAUGAUGAGGGCACCGAGCUGACUAAAAAGAAGAAGGGCAAAGGCAAAAAGGGCAAAAAGGAGGAACGACCUCCAUCACCUGAAAUAGAGUUUGAUGACCUGGAAGAGUUUGUCCUUCAGCCUGCUCCUGAAGGGGUCACUGUGAAAUGCAAAGUCACGCGGGACAAAAGGGGAAUGGACCGUGGCUUCUACCCCACAUACUUCAUACACCUGGACAAUGAAAAGAAGACCUUUUUGUUGGCUGGGAGGAAACGUAAGAAAAGCGCAACUUCAAAUUACUUGAUAUCAAUAGAUGCCACUGAUUUGUCACGAGGAGGUGAACAUUUUGUGGGGAAGUUAAGGUCAAAUCUUGUGGGCACCAAGUUCACUGUGUUUGAUAACGGUCUUAAUCCUGACCGAGCCCUCAGAGACAUGUCCAAUGCUCGGCAAGAGCUUGCUGCCAUUAUCUAUGAGACUAACGUUCUGGGUUUCAAAGGCCCAAGGAAGAUGACUGUGGUCAUCCCUGGGAUGGACGAGGACAGUGAACGGGUGCCAAUCCGAGCCCGCAACGACUAUGAUGGGUUGCUGAUGCGCUAUCAAAACAGGCAGAUGGACAACCUGAUUGAGCUGCACAACAAGACUCCAGUUUGGAAUGAUGACACUGCGUCUUACGUACUCAACUUCAAUGGUCGAGUCACGCAAGCUUCUGUGAAGAACUUUCAGAUUGUCCACAGCAAAGACAACAAUUACAUAGUGAUGCAGUUUGGAAGAGUGGCUGAGGAAACCUUCACACUGGACUUUAACUACCCCAUGUGCGCUGUUCAAGCCUUUGCCAUCGCUCUCUCCAGUUUUGAUGGGAAACUGGCCUGUGAAUAGACUUUGAUUACAGUUUUUUUUUUUUUUUUUUUAAACCCAACCAUGAACUUCAAAGGACACAAACAAGAAUAACCCCAUCUCAGAUUAUCAACUUCGUGGAACAUGCACCCACAGUAUAAGGGCCAUACUUUUCACUCACCUCAUUAGGGCAUAAUUGACUCUGAUAAUUAAGUGUCUUCCAGGCGUGUGGUAGCCUACAACCGAAUGGUUUAAUAUGAAUUUGAUCAACAUUACUAAUUGAGCCACCACACUCUAUAU